ACAGAUUCGCCACACGGAGUGAAAGGGCUAAGAAAGUGAUGAAGGCUGGAUGUAGUUGGCUUUAAACAAAAAAAAGGGGGACGAGAAUCGUUUCGUUGUUCGGAAGAGUGGCACGCCAAAGAUUUUGACAGACGACGACGCCGCCAAAAUGCUCUGCCACGUUACUCGUCCGGACUCUGUUGUGAUGGAAGUGGAAGUUGACGCGAAGGCGAACGGGGAAGACUGUCUGAACAAGGUUUGCAGGAAGUUGGGCGUGAUCGAGGCGGACUACUUUGGGCUGCAGUUCACGGGCAGCAAAGGGGAGAACCUGUGGCUGAAUCUGAGGAACCGCAUCUGCCAGCAGAUGGAUAACGUCACCCCCUGCCGGCUGAGGCUGCGAGUCAAGUUCUUUGUGGAGCCCCAUCUCAUUCUGCAGGAACAGACCAGACACCUUUUCUUCAUGCACGUCAAGGAGGACCUCCACAACGGUCACCUGCGCAUGGCCUCGGAACAGGCGGAGGAGCUGAGUGCUCUCCUGGCCCAGGCAGAGUUUGGCGACUACAACCAAAACACAGCUCAGUACUGGUACUCGGACCUGUGUGGAGAGGAGCCCAGCACUGCCACCGUCAACAGCAUCAUAUCCAGACACAAAGCUUUGGAGGGCUUGAGCCAGGGCUCUGUGGAGUAUCAGGCCCUGCAGCUGGUCUCUUCUCUGGAGCACUACGGCGUGGAGUGGCACUGGGCUCGAGACGCAAACGCACAGCGGCUGGCUAUCGGCGUGGGCCCCGAGGGGAUUACAAUUUGCAAGGAGGACUUCAGUGUCGUCAACCGGAUAAGCUAUCCGAUCAUUCAGAUUGCCACUCAGUCGGGGAAGAGCGUCUACCUUACUGUUACCAAGGACACCAAUGACAGCGUGGUGCUGUUGUUCAAGCUGAUCAGUAACCGGGCGGCGAGCGGUCUGUACCGGGCCAUCACGGAGACGCAUGCCUUCUACAGGUGCGACACGGUUACCAAUGCAGUGAUGAUGCAGUACAGCAGAGACUUUAAGGGCCACCUGGCCUCACUAUUCCUCAACGAAAACAUCAACGUCGGCAAGAAGUACGUCUUCGACAUCCGCCGCACCUCCAAGGAGGUGUACGACCACGCCCGCCGCGCGCUCUUCAACUCCGGCGUGGUGGACCUGGUGUCGCGCUCCGACAGCGGCGAGCGCUCCCCCCCCUCCCGCUCCCCGGGCAGGGACCACCACCACCACCCGCAGGAGGAGGAGGACCCGGGGCUGGACUGCGGCAGCUGCCAGCAGAGCCGCGCGCUGCAGGAGCGGCUGCAGAAGCUCCGCGAGGCGCUGCUGUGCAUGCUCUGCUGCGAGGAGGAGAUCGACGCGGCCUUCUGCCCCUGCGGCCACAUGGUCUGCUGCCAGACCUGCGCCAACCAGCUGCAGUUGUGUCCCGUGUGUCGGUCAGAGGUGGAGCACGUGCAGCACGUCUACCUGCCCACCUGCACCAGCCUGCUGAGCCUCACGCUCACCGACAAUCACCAGCACCGCAGCAGCGCCCCCGCCCCCAUCCACAGAGACAUGGCUUCCUCCCUGCACACAUGCUCCACCACCGAGUACGAACACAAGCUCUACCACACGUAGCCGCCCCGAAACUCCACCGCCAAUCCUUUGAAGCUACGCCAGCCAGAUGUCACAAACAAGGAACAUCUCUCACCUUUUUUUCUUUCUUCAUUUUUCUUCCUGGAAGUCACAAAAAUGUGUAAAGACUCCUGAUUGUGAUCUAGGAUCCCAACUACUGUCAGCUCUGUUUUUCUUUUUAUUUCCCUUCGGACCGCCAGUUUGUCCACCGUGUUUGUUUUACUGUUUCCUUUGAUUUUUAUGUCCCCCUACUUGUUUUAAACACCAUUUCUCCUCUACUACAGCAUGAUUGUCUACUUUGAGAUUAUUGCUUAAAUUAUUGCAUCAGUUGACCUGAUAGUGAAUUAUGCUUUUGAGUUUGUUUUUUCUGGUGGUUUACUCCAUAGUUAUUUGCUCUGUGUGAAGCUCCUAGCCCCAGAACCCACCCAAUAUGAUGAACAUGUUUUUAAUUUAGUUUGCAGUUUGUUUGUUUGUUUUUUUUCUUUACUGAAGGUUCUUUACAUUUUAAACUUGAUUGUAAUGUUAUAACAGAGUGAAAAGCUUUUUUUUUUCACUAAUGCAUUUUAUAUUACUCUACCAAUGAGGAAGGUAUUUGCGGCUAAAGAUUACUGCUAAUCACAGCACUACAUAGUAAUUGGAUACAAAUGGCCGUCAAGGUCUUGUUCUUGUGGUCAAACUGAGGUUUUAAGGAUCCAAGGCAUCUGUAUUAUACUGGCACUCCCUAAACCACAUUAACUCCAAAACCGGUCUUGAUAAUGGUUUGAUUUAAAACCUUGUUAAACAAUUAUUUCAUAGACUACUCCAUCUUUACACGUUUAUCUCCAUUUCAACUGAAUAUUGACUAGCUGUUUUGGUAGGCACACAACUGCAGCCGCUUCCUCUGGAAAAAAAAACCACAGCUCUAAAGUUUCUUCUCUGGGGUGUUCAAAUACGUUUUUUGACAUUUUAAAGGGUACUUGGAGAUCUGUAAGUGCAAUACUUGCUUGCCAAGCUUUUCAUUUGACAUUUUUAUGUAAUUAUUUAAAGGGGUAGGGGGGGACAUUGCCACUUUAGUAAGGAAGUUUUCCACGUGUCUGUAGGGAGUUUGGCCUUAAUGUAGCAGCAUCUUGUUUAUUAUUAUAAACUCUCCUCAGACAUUUUUUGUCUAAGUAAAGGAAAACGGUUUCUUUAAUGCUGACACAGUUGAGCUCAGUCACUGCAGGGGAAGGACUUUUUUUUUUUUUUCUUGUCAAGUAGCAACUUGUUUCUGUUUUCUGAAGCAAAUGCCACAAUGCUCUGUAAAGUAACUCUUAAAUGAAAGCUGUUUUAUAUACUCUGCUUUUAACAAAAGUAUUAAUAAAGUUGUGGUCUUUUUUUAAAAAAAUGAAGAAA